AUGAGCCAAGGGCCAAACCUGGUGUUUGAGUGGCUGUCGGCGCUCCAUCUCAACCAGUACGUGGAGUCGUUCGUCGACAACGGAUACGACGACCUGGAAGUCUGCAAACAGAUCGGGGAGCUGGACCUGGACGCCAUCGGGGUCCACGUCCAGUACCACCGAAAGAGGCUCCUGCAGGCGGUGAGCAGGCUGAGGGAGGAGACCGGAAAUAAGUCAGCGGGGUAUUAUUUCACCUUGGAGCCCUUGGAGCCUCCGGUCGGGCCCCACGGGAGGCUGUCGGAGAAGGAGAACGAGGCCCCGCGCGGGAGACACCGGGCCUCCUGUCCAGGAAACCACAACCCUAAAAUCAUUGAUUGCAAUGAUUUUGUGACUUAUCCCAAACUGAAACUGAAGAUAUUGAUCAGGGAUAAACUUGCAAAGGAUGGGAUCAACCUUGGGGAUACACCUUAUACCACUAAGAAACCUUUGACUCUGAGCUGCCCUCUAGUGGACGUGUUGCUUAACACCCACGCCAACGUGAAGGACGCAUGGAAGUGCACGGGCAAUGGCGGUUACGUAGGCUUAAGGAUAUAG